UUUUUUUUUCGCUUACUUUUUUUCUUUUUAUCUUUUCCCUUUUGUUUCCCUUCCCAUAGAAACUCGAAUAUGCAACCCUUUACUCAACGUUCUUCUUCUUCUCCUUCUUCUGAUCCAAUAUAUAUGAACAAUCAGCUACCUCCUAUAACAACUCAUCCACAGCAUUUAUCUUUACCUCCUGUUCAACAACAACAACAACAACAACAACUGCAGCAGCAACAAGAACAACUUCCUUUGUAUAGCAACACUACAAUCGAUAGAAAUCCAAAACGAGCUAAAAUACGAAAACCUCGAGCCUGUGAUUUGUGUCGAAGGAAAAAGAUAAGAUGCGAUUACGAUCCAGCGUAUCCAGAACUUAUGUGUUCUUCCUGUAGAGGUUAUAAAAAGUCAUGUGAUUUCGCAGAGACAGCCAAAAGGCGUGGUCCUCCAAAAGGUUAUGUAGAAGGAUUGGAAUCUCGUUUACAACGUAUGGAACAAUUACUCUUAAAUGUGGCCAGUUCAAACAACCUUUCACCAGAGGCUGUACGACAAUAUAUCAACGAUAAUACGGACCAAAUACCAAUGAAUGAAGCCAAUAAAACUAAUCAAGACUCUGACCAUUUACCUUCCAUCACUAAAUCUACAAAUCAAUCUUCUAUUUCUUCACCAACCUCUCAUUCAGCUACAAAACGUCUUCAUGGUAUUGAUGAAACUGCUGCAUCACACGAUUCACAUAUGAAGGAAUUACUAAAAAAUGCAAAGGAAGGAAAAUAUGCCUAUCUAGGAAGCUCUUCUGGAGUCUAUAUGCUGAAUCGACUUUUUCCUUCGAAUUCCAAAGAAUGCUCGGAAGAAACCCAUAACCCUCAAUCUGUAGUACGUGGAAAUGAAGAUGAUGUGAUGGUUGCUCGAUUUGCUCCCAAAUCCUCUCAGCUCACUAUGGGUCCUGGUGGUACUAGUACUCAAUUCGCGAAAACUUCUUCAAGAUGGAAAUUACCUCCAAAACCCGUGGUGGAUAGAUUGGUACAACUAUAUUUUACAAAUAUGAAUACUUACUUACCUAUUGUGGAUGAAGAGGAAUUCAUGGAGAAAUACCAACAGGAUUACGACAAUGUCUCGAAACCGUUAUUAUUGACCAUCUGCCAUGUGACAAUUCGCAUGCUACCUGUGGACGAUAGUGUUGCUCAAGAAUACAAUAUUGAUCGAGCUGCUAUGUUUCAUGAUUUAUGUCAUCAAUUGGAAACGAAUUGUGAAUUGGAUUUUAUGGAACCUCAUGUGGAAAGUAUUCAAUUCUUAUUACUUAAUUCUGCCAAUGCAGAUCAUUGGAGUCCAAAGAGUACUGAUUGGUUAGCUACUAGUAUUGCUGUGAAAAUGGCUCAAGAUCUUGGAUUACAUCGUUCAAAUGCUCAAUGGACUUUACCCCCAAAAUUUGUUGAAGCUAGAAAACGAUUAUGGUGGUCAGCGUAUAUUGUGGAUCGAUGGGUUUGUGCAUCUUUAGGAAGACCAUUAACGGUGAAUGAUGCUGAUUGUGAUUUGGAAUAUCCUGCUCUUGGUGAAAAUGACAAGUAUGUAACCUUUGUGGCCAUCAUCAAACUCUCUCGUAUUCUUGGCGAUGUUCUUCGUGCUAUAUGUUCACCCCGUGCGCGAACUUUAGGUGAUCAAGGGUUAGGAUUAGAAAGGAUAUCAAAACGUCUCGAUCAAGCAUUAAUUGAAUGGAAAGAAAGUUUACCUGAGUCAAUAUGGCUUUCUGAAGAUGAAUUGGAAUCCAUACAUCGGCGGCAAUUAUCUACGGAACUUGAAGCAAAAUUAAAUCAUGGUGCUGGACAAUUACAGAUCUUAUACAUAGCUGUUCAGCUCUUAGCGAAACGUCCUCGUAUAUUUUUGGGACCGGAACAUUCAUCAUCAUCAAUAACAGUUUCUACAACAUCAACAGUGGUUGUUCCUCAAGAAUGUUUGGAUGCUGUGGUCAUUGCACUAGAUAUAUUCCAGGUGAUCAAGUUUCCUUCACUUAUGUAUAUUGGUUGGUCUUUAUCAAGCUGUGGUCUAUCUCAAGCUUUAAUGUUUAUUUUCUUGAAUCAUAAGAAUAAAGACGCAAAAUUAGUUACUGAAGCCAAACGACAAGCAGAAUCAUUCAAACAACACUAUCGUAAACUGGAAGAUCAAUUUAUAGAGACACCACUGAUAUCCUUCCUUGAUGCUAUUAGCCGAAUGAUUGAAGAAGAUCAAAAUACAGCAAAAGAUGAUUCGUCAAGUAAUCAUCCUGAUGGACAGUCACCUGUUUCUCUUUGGGGUACUUCUAGUGGAAUGGAUUGGCACGAUUUGAUGGAUUUUAUUAGAAAAUAGUUGUUAUUAUCAAUAGAAUACAAAAGUCUAGUUUUUGUUUAUUUUCUUUAUUCCCUCCUUUUCUUCUUCAUUAAUAAAAAAAAUAAAAACUUUUGUGUC